CCCUUUUCUCCCUGAACCGAGUCUACUCAUGACACCUGUUCGAAUUCGAAUCGCUUCUCCCUCCAAACCCUAAGAAGGCUGCCGAACGCCGGAGGUACAGGUCAUCCUCCUCCGGCAGCGGCGACCAUCAAAUUGAGGAGCUGCUUCCAUCCCCUCGGCUCCUCUUGGCGUGAUCCAUCUCAGUCUACAGUACUCAACUUCUAUAUAGGUCUGUGUCGAGCUUCAGUGACGUCACCUUCUUUUAAAGUGAGGAUGGUUUUCGUUACUAGGAUGCUCUUAUUGAUGCCUGUUGGGCGAUAUCGAGCAGCCUAACAUUCUUGAAGUCUGCUUCAAGUCCGCGGCUCUUUUCCGGUGAAUGUGGUGACGACAUCAUCAUUUGAAGAUAUUGUUUCCAUUCUUCUUCGAGCUACAAGCUGUUUUAAACCAUGAAUAAGCAAGCUUCUGUUGUUCCUAGUUAUGGGAAGAACAAAGGACCAGUCACAAGAGCUAGAGCUGCCAGCUUGGCUUCUCAUGGCCGAAGACUGCUGCCAAGGCCACCUUUAAUACCUGAUAAAAAACAAACAAAAGUGGGAAGAACAAAGAGAGUGAUUUCAGAAGAGAACAAUCCUACUGCCCCAUAUGCUGUAACUUCGCAGAACAAAAAAAGAGCGGUACUUAAGGAUGUCUCCAAUGUGUGCCGUGAGAGUUCUUACAGAAAUUGCGCUAAUGCAGUAAAAAUACAGGCCAAGGAUUGCAAGCAGCAAGUUCGACCAGAAAAUUUGAAAGCCAAAACAAGUUCUGAUCAAAGGGAUUUAAAAUCCACCCCCGCCAUUUCUUCUAGUUUUGAGCAGCAUCAUGAUGGAAACGCUGGAAAAUGUGUAGUAGAUAUGUCAGAGAAUUUAAGUGUUCGAGAGAGCUCAUUUACUACAGCAAAUUUGGAUGGGACCAUGCAAAACAAUAAUUUGGAUGGGACUAAAAUGGAAGUUAAAGGUAUCCUUUCUGAGGACCAGGACUUCAAUUGCUCAGGUAUUCAUGACAUUGAUUUGGAUCUUUCAAACCCUCAAAUGUGCAGCCUCUAUGCAAAAGAUAUAUAUGCUAAUCUAAGAGCUUCUGAGCUCAUCCGUAGAGCCUCUUCAACUUUUAUGGAAACCUUGCAACGAGAAAUCACUCCAAGUAUGAGAGGCAUCUUGAUUGAUUGGCUGGUUGAGGUUGCUGAGGAGUACAAACUUGUUCCAGAUACACUUUAUUUGAGUGUUUAUGCCAUCGAUAGAUUUCUAUCUGGAAAUUGUAUUGAAAGGCAAAAGCUGCAACUUCUUGGUGUGACUUGCAUGUUGAUUGCAUCGAAGUAUGAAGAAAUUUGUGCUCCUCGUGUGGAAGAGUUCUGCUUUAUUACAGAUAACACAUACACCAAAGAAGAUGUACUCAAAAUGGAGGUUCAAGUACUAAGCUAUUUGGAUUUUCGAUUGUCUGUUCCCACAAUAAAAACAUUUUUAAGGAGGUUCCUCAGAGCAGCACAAGCAUCUCAUAGCGCUCCCUCUCUUUCUUUAGGAUACAUGACAAAUUAUUUAUCGGAGCUUACAUUGGUCGAAUAUAGUUUCUUAAAGUUUCUUCCUUCUGUUAUAGCUGCGUCUGCUGUGUUCCUCGCCAGAUGGACGUUGGACCAAUCUGAGGAGCCUUGGAAUUGCACUUUAGAGUACUACACCUCUUACAAUGCAUCAGAUCUAAAGUCUGCAGUUGUACAAAUGCAUGAUCUGCAGCAGAAUUCCAGUAGUUCCCCACUCAGCGCAGUUCGUGAUAAAUACAUUCAGGACAAGUAUGAACGGGUGGCUUGUAGAGUAUCUCCAAAACUUCCAGAUUCACUAUUUUCCUGAUACCUAUGGACGAGGAACCUUCCUUUUUUUUUUUAUUUUUUUUAAAUUGUUUUUAGCUAGUCUUCAUUCAUUUUGAUCAAAGCCUCAUCUAAAGGGAGAGGGUUUGUAGCACAGGUUAGUGCUUAGAUCUUACUGCUAGUUAAAAAAGCCAUGUAUACCUGUUUUAACUUGUGACUCUCUUCUCCGCUUUUCAUUGUAUUUCAUCCAUUAUGUACUGCUUAACCUUACUUGUGUAAAAAUUUCCAGUUUAAUGUUAUCUCCUUAACAUAACUGUU